AUGGAUUCGAUUGUAGAAAAACAGAAAGAUCCUUGCUUGAUGAAAACCCAUUUCCUAAAACCCUAUGUAACUUCCAUUGAUGGUCCUGUAGCCGAGCUUCCUCGUCACCAUCACUCUGUUUCUUCAUCAGAUCUAGAAGACUUGUUUUCUAGGAUCUCCUUCACUGGGUUUUGGUUUGCAGAUGGUAAUUUCAGAUCAUGGGCUAAAAAGAUGGAAGCUUUACACGAACCCACUUGGAGAAAAGCUGGGAUUUUUGAGGCAAUCAAGACCUCCACAUACAAAAUCGUUGAAGACCAGUCUCUGAUUUCAGCUCUUGUUGAGAAAUGGUGUCCUGAGACGAAAUCAUUCGUCUUCCCUUGGGGUGAAGCAACCAUAACGUUAGAGGAUGUAAUGGUGAUUCUAGGGUUUUCCGUUUUGGGUUCUCCAGUUUUUGCUCCUUUGGAAAGCUCAGAGACGAGAGACUCUGUAGAGAAACUGGAGAAAGCAAGGGUAGAGAUCCUAGAGUCUCUCUAA